CCUUAUUUCGUCUGUUUUAAGAGGAAGCUUUACAUUUUCCAAGUGCUUUUUUCUUUGUUUUUUCUGGACCUCCAGGGCACCUGGAGGGUUCUUUUCUAUUUGUGAUAGUUAAGAUUGUGUGUCAACUUGGCUGGAUGCACCUGGAGGGUUCUUUUCUAUUUGUGAUAGUUAAGAUUGUGUGUCAACUUGGCUGGACCAUGAUUCUCAGUAUUUAUAUGUGAUUACCUUCCAUCUCCCAGUCUGCACCUAUGGCCUCACGGGAAGUUCCUUAUGAUCAGUCGACUGAAGAAGAGAAAACCCGUACCUGGUCCUGCAGGAUAUGCAGGCACCACUCAAAUGUGGACAGCAGCAGCACUACAGCCCCUUUCUGGGACCUCCCUGAAGGACAGUGGUGAAGGGGAAUCCUCUCAAUGGGCAGAACUUCCAGCAGUGCACCUGAUUGUUCACUUUGCUUGGAAGGAGAAAUGGCCUGAUGUGUGAUUGUAUACUGAUUCAUAGGCUGUGGCCGAUGGUUUGGCUGGAUGGUCAGGGACAUGGAAGGAACAUGACUGGAAAAUUGGAGACAAGGAUUUAUGGGGAAGAAGUAUGUGGAUACACCUCUCCCAAUGGGCCAAAGAAGUGAAGAUAUUUGUGUCUCCUGUGAAUGCUCACCAAAGGGUAACCUCUGCAGAGGAUGAUUUUAACAAUCAAGUGAAUAAGAUGACACAUUCUGUGGAAACCAGUCAUCCUCUUUCCCCAGCUACUCCUAUCUUUGCUCAAUGGGCUUAUGAACAAAGUGGCCAUGAUGGCAGGGAUGGAGGUUAUUCAUGGGCUCAGCAACAUGGACUUCCACUCACCAAGGCUUGGCCACAGCCACUGCUGAGUGCCCAAUCUGCCAGCAGCAGAGACCAACACUGAGUCCCCAAUAUGGCACCAUCCCUAAAGGUGAUCAGCCAGCAACCUGGUGGCAAGUUGGUUACAUUGGACCACUUCCGUCAUGGAAAGGGCAGCGUUUUGUUCUUACUGGAAUAGAUACUUACUCUAGAUAUGAAUUUGCCUUCCCUGCACGCAAUGCUUCUUCCAAAACUACCAUCCAUGGACUUACAGAGUGCCUUAUCCACUGUCAUGGUAUUCCACACAGCAUUGCCUCAAAUCAAGGGACUCACCUCACAGGAAAUGAAGUGUGGCAGUGAGCCCAUGCUCAUGGAAUUCACAGGUCUUACCAUGUUCCUCAUCAUCCUGAAGCAGCUGGCUUGAUAGAACGAUGGAAUGGCUUUCUAAAGACACAGUUACAGUGCCAGCUAGGUGGCAAUACCUUGCAGGGUUGGGGCAGUGUUCUCCAGGAGGCUGUAUUUGCUUUAAACCAGUGUCCAAUAUAUGGUACUGUUUCUCCCACAGCCAGGAUUCGUGGGUCCAGGAAUCAAGGUGUGGAAAUGGGAGUGGCACCACUCACCGUUACCCUUAGCAACCCACUCGCAAGAUUUUUGCUUCCUGUCCCCACGAUCUUAUGCUCUGCAGAUCUAGAGGUCUUAGUUCCAAAGGGAGGAAUGCUCCCACCUGGAAGCACAUCACUGAUUCCAUUGAACUGGAAGCUAAGAAUGCCACCUGGCCACUUUCGGCUCCUUAUGUCUCUGGAUCAACAGGCAAGGAAGGGAGUUAUCAUACCAGCUGGUGUGAUUGAUCCUGAUUACCAAGAGGAAGUUGGAUUGAUAUUACAUAAUGGAGGUAAAGAAGAGUAUGUCUGGAAUGCAGGAGAUCUCUUAGGCAUCUCUUAGUACUACCAUGCCCUGUGUUUAAAGUCAAUGGAAAACUACAGCAACCCAAUUCUGACAGGACUAUUAAUGACCCAGGAAUGAAGGUUUUGGUCACCCCACCAGGCAAAAAACCAUGACCAGCUGAGGUGCUUGCUGAGGGGAAAGGGAAUAUGGAAUGGGUGGUGGAAGAAGGUAGUUCUAAAUACCAGUUACAGCCACGUGACCAGUUGCAGAAAUGAAUACUGUAAUUGUUAUGAGUAUUUCUGCUUUGUAUGUGUGCGUCAAAUAUUUUUGUUUUCUUCUAAGGUGUAAACAGGGCUAGUGUGUUUUCAGUUGUAUGCAUGUUAGUUUUAUCAUGUUAGGUGCAAUUAUAACUUUAUAAUUGUCUUUAUUCAGGGAUUAUGUAUGGUUUAAGGAGAUGUGUACAUGUACCAAGUUGACAAGGGGUAGACUGUGAUGGUUAAGAUUAUGUGUCAGCUUGGCUGGGCCAUAAUUCUCAGUGUUUAUAUUUGAUCACUCCCAUGAUUGAAUCUGCUGUGAGUAGCCAAUCAGUUGAAAGGGAUUUUCCUUGGGGGUGUGGCCUGCAUCCCAAUAUAAGCAGACAUUCUGGCUUUUUUGCUGACUCUGGAUCCUGUGCUGCCUCUCGUUCGUCUGACUUCAGGCUCUUGGGACUUGAGCUGUAUCUUAGCUUAUCUGCAGAUCUGGAAUUCAUUGAUCUUCACAGCCUGAGAGCAGGAGACUUGCACCCUGACCUGCCAAUCUUGGAUUCACCAGCCCCCAAGGCUGCAUGAAUUGAGAGAAACCUCUAUCCUGAUACAAGGCCUUGGGACAUUUCAGCCUCUACAGUCGUGAGAACACCGGGGCCUAGUUGUGAGUGACAGGCCAUGUCCUAGCAACACCAGGGCCCAGCUGAGAGUACCAGGCCAGAUCCCAGAUACCAAGACUGUUUUUCUCUUUCUCAUGAUCUUGGGUAAUUUGGAGCCAUCAAAAUGUUUGCCAAGGCAACAAGGAAUUUUCUUAGAGAAGUUGAUGCUGGUGGUAACUUGAUUGCAGUAUCGAACUUGAAUGACUCUGAUAAGAUACAGCUUCUAAGUCUGGUGACCAAAAAGAAGAGAUUCUGGUGGUGGCAGAGACCCAAGUACCAAUUUUUAUCUGUUACCGUUGGAGAUGUACUUACAGAAGAUCCAUUUCUGAGUCCAGUGGUUGUGGAGUCGGACUUCGUGAAAUACGAGAGCAAGUUUGAAAAUCAUGUGAGUGGGACCAUCAAGACGGUGCUUGGGAAGGUCAAACUGAAUAUUGGAGGCAGAGGCCUCGUGGAGAGUCAGUCUUCAUUUGGAACCCUGAGGAAGCAGGAGGUGGACUUGCAGCAGCUCAUCCGAGACUCUGUUGAGAGAGCAAUAGAUCUGAAAAACCCUCUGGUGCAGCAGGUACUGGAGAGGAGGAAUGAGGUUCUGUGCAUCUUGAUACAAAAGAUCGUGACGACGCAGAAGUGUGUUAUCUCUGAGCACGUUCAGGUUGAGGAGAGGUGUGGCGGCAUGGUGGGGAUCCAAACCAAGACCAUACAGGUGUCAGCAACGGAGGAUGGGAACGUGCUCAAGGACUCCAAUGUGGUGCUGGAGAUCCCAGCUUCCACCGCUAUUGCCUACGGCGUCAUCGAGUUGUAUGUGAAGCUGGACGGCCAGUUUGAAUUCUGUCUCCUCCGAGGGAAGCACGGUGGCUUUGAGCACGAGAAGACAAAUGACUCCAUCUACCUGGACCACACGGUCUUUAGAAUGUUUGCCUUUGCGGACAUGCCAGAUAUUGGGCAUGGAGUGUCUUCCCCGGGCGGGCCCUUAAGUGCUUUAAAACAAGAGGCUCUGCUCUUGGAGAAGAAUUUCCACCCCUUUGUGGAGCUGCCAGAGCAACAGCAGACAGCUCUGAACAACAUCCUGCAGAGAGUCCUACUUGACGAUGAAUUACUUAUGGCCCUGGAAAGAGUGUGUGAUGACGUGGCCAGCGGCCUCUCGCCCCCGCUGGCAGUGGUGGGGGAGCUGAAGCCCCCACAGCAGGAAGACCUCACAGCCUUCCUGCAGCUGGUGGGGUGCAGCCUGCCGCAGGGCGGGCGCCCAGGACAGGAGGACGCCCUCAGCAACCAGGAGCUCUUUUCAACAGCCUACUUCUUGGUCAGUGCUCUAGCAGAAAUGCCAGAUAACGCAGCAGCUCUGCUGAGCACCUGCUGUAAGCUCCAGAUUAUUCCCACGCUGUGCCACUUGCUUCAUGCCCUGUCUGAUGAUGGACUGUGUGAUCUUGAAGAGCCAACCUUGGCUCCCCUAAAAGAUGCAGAAAGGUUUGGGCUUGUGCAGCGCUUGUUCGCCUUGGCCGACAUCAGCCUGGAGAGACUGCAGUCAUCCAUGAAAGCUGUCAUCCUGGAGCAUCCGAGUGUUCUCCCACUGAUUCUUUGUAUCACCCUGAAUGGACUGUAUGCUUUAGGCAGAGGAGACGCGUAAUGUCACAAUGAGUCAGCAGUAUAUAUUACUGGCCAGGAGCCCUGGUGGCUCAGUGGCUUACGGCUUGGCUGCUAGCCAAAAGAUCGGUGGUUCGAAUCCACCAGCUGCCCCCUGGAAAACCUAUGGGACAGUUCUUCUCUGUCCUAUAGGGUCACUGUCAGUGAGACUCGACAGCAAUGGGUUAUUAUUGGCCAAGGCUGGGUGUUUUUCAGCAGUGGUUAAGAUGAUAUUUUGGGAUUUAGGUCAGUUCCAUCUUAAAAGUUGAUCAAGGAAAUGAGUUUACAAAACAAUUUAAUAAGUGGUGCACUAUGAAUGACCUCACUUUUAAUGGCCAGGUGCCUUUAAACAGCGUCUCUUUCAUGAGAGGCCCUCUGCAGCUGGUGACCCUGUGUCUAAGUUAAAUCCCAGCCCCUGAGGAGCAAACCAGUUGCCAUCGAGUCGAUGCCAACCCAUGGCAGCCUUUAUGUGCCUGAGUAGAACCGUGUGCCACAGGGUUUUCAGUGGCUGAUUUUUAGGAAGUAGAUCACCAGGAUUUUCUUCCCAGGCACCUCUGGGUGGACUCAAACCUCCAACCUUUUGGUUACCAGCCAAGUGCGCUAAUCAUUUGCACCACCCACGGACUCCUAAGAGCACAAAAGCGUACUAACUCAGAGGAGGGUUGAGAAUUCUAAGCUAAUACACAUUCAGACCAUUUUUCCUGAACUAAAACAUCACUUUCUUGCAUUUCCCACUCUGUUAUACAAAAACAGGAGAUUGACACUUUGAUCCAAAAAUUCAUUUUAACUUGUGAAUGCUCUGGGAAGUCCAUUUCUCUUCACAGAAGAGCUGUUUCAAAUGCACUGUAUGCUAUAUGGCGGUUGAAAAAUGAGCUGUAAAUGCCACUAAAAAAAAAAAAAAUUAGUGUACAGAUAUUCCUCUGUUAAAUAAAAUUAUACUUAAAAAAAAAUCUAAUAACAAGGCACUUCUGCUUGGGGUACUAAGUAUAUGCAUUUUAUUUUACCAUGCUAUUCUUUGAUGAACAUACUGAUUAUAUGUUCAGAACAAUAUAUUGAUUUCCCAUGCAUUCUGGGAAUUUUAUUUAUAUAAUACUAUGUAGAAUAUCAGAGAAAACUUUGAACUGUGUAUGACUGUAUGUGUAUAUUUGCUUUUUAUUUUGUUUUGAUGGAUGGUAUUUUGUUUUGCCUGGGCGGUUUCCCUGGUGCCCUAGACUCCAUUGGCAGGAUCUGCUAACACCCUUCAAAAACCUGAAGCCACUUCUGCUUUCCGUUAGCAAAAAGCAGCUAAGACCAGGAGCUAUAAUUUGCUUCACUUUUGGAGCAAAGAGGCGGGGGGGACAGGAGUAGCAAUUGUUGGAUGAGAAGCAGGUUACCCAGCACAUGUUCUUUUUUACGUCAACAUCAUCCACUUAUUCCUUCCUGCCCUUCAGAUUUUAAUACGUGUUAACAAGGAAGAAGUGAAGCAGCUAACCCUUUCCUCACCUCUAUACAAAGGAGACUGUCUGUUAAGGUUGAUGGAAAAUUUGGAAAUGGAUAGUGGUGAUCGCAUAACAUGAUGCAUCUAAUUAAGUCACUGAAUUGUACAUGUAAAAAAAAUUGAAAUAGCAAAUGUUUUGUUUUAUAUAUAUAUUUACGACAAUAAAAAAGGAGACUCAAUCUUAUGCAAAAGUGGGAAAAUAGGAUACAAAGUUGUACAUUUUAGUGGCAACUAUUUAAAAAUAAGCAUCUUAUACACAAAGAUGGGAAAGGAAUAUGUAAAAGUGAGGAGUUGUGCUAGGAUGGUGGCACUAUAGCUGCCUUUUUAUUUGUCUGGUUUUCUGAAAUAACAAUAAAGUAAAACUGCAAAUACAAUGUGUAAUAUGAACCUCCUUGUGUAAAAAACAGGUUGAUACGAGUAUGGGAAAUACCUUUUAAGAGCUCACAAGAGGCCUAACAGUGGCUACUUCGGGGAGAGAGGCUUAGAAACUGAGGCCUUCAGGGGAUGUUUUACCUUUUUCUUCCUGUUUGAAUUUUGGUUGCAUUAUCCUCUAAAUCAAAAAACCAAAGGAAAAAAAAAAAAAAAAAACCAAAGACUUCACACAGAAAAAUAAGGCAAGUAUUUUUAAGGUGGAAGAAUGAAUAAUAAAAAACCGAGUUUUUGGGAGACAUCAGAAAUACACUGCAUUAGCAGUUUCUGAAGCCUGAGGCAUGGCUCCUGGAAACUAGCCUGGGGGAUGUGCUGGUUAAGAUUGUGUUCAACUUGGCUGGGCCAUGAUUCUCAGCGUCCAUAUGUGAUCACUCCCAUGAUGGGAUCGGCUGUGAGUAGCCAGUCAGUUGAAAGGGAUUUUCCUUGGGGCUGUGGCCUGCAUCCAUAUAUAAGCAGAUGUUCUGGCUUUUUGCUCUGUUUGGAUCCUGCAGCUGCCUCCUGUUCAUCCAACCUCUGGUUCUUGGAACUUGAGCUAUCAGCUUAUCUGCUCAUCUUGGGAUUCAUAGAUCUUCACACCCUCUGAGCGGAGAGCCCUGCUCCCCC